CCACUGCCCGGGAUUGAACCCAACCAUGCGUUGACUGGAGACGUGAGCGCUUGCACUCCUGCGCCUGAUCCUCGUUUUCUUUACGAAGGUCACAAAGAAUUGCAUCGAUUUUGUACUUCAAUUUUAAUCGCAAUGGAGGGGACCGUCUCGAUGAAGAAAGAUGUCGACAAGGUGGAAAUGCUGGGAUCUUCUCCCACAUCCUCUGAGCUAGAGAUGAAGGAGCUCAGCUUUCGUCCUUUUGAGAAGCACACCAUUCCUCUCUGGGUUUGGGUGCUUUUGGUGAUAGCUUCGUUGCUGUUUUUGGCGGGUUUUAUCACUCUUAUGGUAGCUGUUACUAAGGAGCCUUCCUGCGAGGGUGGCAAGGGUGAUGGUAAUAAAGGCAGGACUGGAAGCAACGUCGGCACGCCUUUGGUUUGCAAAUUCUCGGCAGAAGCCGAACGAGUGAACCUGUCUGACUUCUUGAAGAGAGUGUAUAAUGAACACUAUAAACAAAACACGCACUACGUCAUUUGGCGGUCAGAUGUUGUUGAUAUGCAAGAACAUGCUAAGCAAAGGUUUGCACCUUACAACCCGGAUCCAAAAUAUUUGAAACAAAAGACAGAUAAAGCUAAAGAACUGCUUCAAGAAAUAAAAAGCAUUGAAAUUGAUGAGGACAAAAUGAAACCAAGAGAAGUCAAGGCACUUUCUCAGGUUAAGCAUUUUCUCCAGCAUACAUUUGGUGCUCCAUACAGUGAGAAUUACUAUGCGGGAGACUGGAUGCUGGGCCCUGAUGUAUUCUGUUGGCAGCCAAUUUGUGGACUUUACAGCAUCAUUGGUGCUUAUGUUCAUUAUGUUAGACCCAAAUCUUACAAGGAUGUGGAGGUAGUUAUUAGUACUUUCAAAAGUCACAAGACUCCAAUUGAUCGUUAUAGGGACAAUCUCAAGUUAGGUGUGAAAGCUGGGAUGAUACGCACAGUUAUUGACUGUCAAGCUGGUGUGGAUGCUCUGAAGGAGAAAUUCCUUCAGCUUUCACUGGCUAAUAAUGCUGAAGGUAUCCUCAGUGAAGACUUUGUGAAGAAGUAUAUUUUGAACUUGCACUACCUAGCUAAACUGGAGGAUGGCGUGGAGCAGAAAUGGUCCAGUGCCCACGGUGGCAUGAGUGUGAAUGAUUCACUAAAAGAAGCAUUGAAAGAAGGUGUUGGCCAGCCUUUGUUAGAUCUGAUAAACUACCUUGAGAAUGAGCAUAAAAAGCACUGUUUACCAAAUGAUUUUGCAAGUGGUUUGGCCAACUUGCCUGUUGAUUAUGUGUACACUGAUGGUGUUGCCAACAAAAGUCAACCCACGACAAAAAUCCUGCCUACUGGAGAGAAGUUGAAUGGCAAAGAAUCAUACAAAAUGAUUCUUUCAUAUUUUACAACAACUGACAUUUCACCUGAGGAGAUUUUUGCUGAAGGAGAGAGACAGUUGGAUUUUUUCUACGGUCAGGUAGUGGAUAUUGCAAGAAAGUACACAGGGAAAUCAAAUAAGGCAGAAGCUAUUCAGGCAUUCCGCAAUGUUCUGAACUCCACCAGCAUGUGGCAUAACAAUGGCUCUUUUCCCAAAAACGAAUCGGAUAAAAACGCUUUCAAGAAAUGUACAAGUCCUGAGACAGCUGCUCGGUUCUGUCCAGUGAGGUGGAAGGCUGUUAACAAGUGGGCGCGGUACUGUCGUCAAGUAAUGGGCAUGCUAUAUCCCAAGAUCACAAAGGCAUUCUACUUUACUGGUCCCAAGAACACAGUUCCAAACUGUCCAGUAGAGAUGUUACCACAUUACAAUCCUUCCAAUGGCGCUCAGUUUUUUAUGCCGUCUGAUGCAGAAUGUUCCAAACCCACUUACUUUGGUCUUCCGUUCUUUCUGAAAGACUACGGCCCAAUCUUCCAGGAGUGGUCCGUUACCGGUCACGAGGCCAGGCCUGGUCACCAUACUCAGGUGCAAGGCCAAAUAGAGCACUUUGCUGACCAGUGCGGAGGAAUACCAGGCUGGCUGGAUAACAACACAUACUACACCGCUUUCACUGAGGGCUGGGGAUUAUACAGUGAAAAUCCUGUGCUCUCUGACGACACGGAUACAUACAAAGACAACCUACUACAAAAGUAUGGCAUGGUCAAGUGGCAGACUUGGCGUGCAGUACGACUCAUUGUUGAUACUGGACUACAUUAUCGAGGUCUCAAUAGAACUGAAGCCCUUGCGAUGUUUGAAAAAUAUGCGUGGGACACUUCAGAUUUUGCCGUAAAGGAAGUUACUCGGUACCAGAGCGUGCAAGGCCAAGCAACGGCGUACAUGCUGGGGAGACUGGCGCUAAUGCAGCUGCGUAACAAGACUAAGGAAGCCUUGGGGAAGAAUUUCACUCUUCAGGAUUUCCAUUACCAGGUGUUAAGCCAAGGGUCCGCUCCGCUGCCCUUCCUACAGUCUUAUAUUGAUAGGUACAUCAAGUGCGCGAAAAAGGAACUUGGGGAGGAAGAGUGCAGCUACGUGCUCAAACCGGUCAAACCCGAGAAAACCGCUAAAGCUAAAGUGUCUGCUGAGCAAAUGCCCCCCACGAUUGAAAGAAGGCACUAUGUUUAGCAAGAGCAAACUGUUAUAGACAGUUUUUUGGUGUAAGAUUUAUAUUAGAUCGUCUAUCGAUUAUAUCAUUUAAUUGUUUGAGAUUUGUUUUGUUGAUGUUGUUGUUGGUUUUUCAUGCUCAGUAGACCACCUAACGCACAUUUGUAAAUUUCAGGAACUUUUUAUUGAUGACGCUUUGUGAGGUACUUAUUUUCGUGAUAACAUAUCAUCUGUUCAGUUUGUAAACAACCGAUGGCUUAGUAACGGAAUGAAACAUCUCUUCUUCGGGGGGGGCGGCUGUUUUCGAAAGACCGUCGUUCAGCGCUAAAUCCAGGAUUAAAAGUUAAUCUGUGUAAAUUUCUCUCUUCUAACAGCACAUAUUAGAGAAAAGGGUUUUAAGCAGUGCCAGCCCAACGUUAAGCAAAAAUGAAGAAAGUAGAGAAGAAAUGGCAAACCUGUCAGCAAAUCAAAAUGCUCUGUCCAAGAUUCGCACUAGUUCUGGGUUAACUUAAUCGUCUUUUGAACAUGCCAGCCCUUGAGCAGAUUGUCGGUUGUCGUGAUCCAGUUGUAAAUGAUACUAUAAAAAUUAAACAAACCCUCAAGAGUA